AUGAAGAAAAGAAUCAAAAGAUUACAAGGGUCAUCCUACGUGAUUUCACUUGAGCCAGAAGACAUUUUGGGUCAAGGAUCAUUCGGCAAGGUGGUGAGAGCCUACGAUCUCGACAAUCGGGAAGAAUAAUUGGUGGCUAAAAUAAUGGAGAUAGGGACGCAGAGCAAAUUGGAAACAUUAUAACACGAACUUACAGUCUUGGAAUAAUUCUAAAGUGAUCAUUAGAACCUUGUUCAAUACAAGAGGAAGAAGUUGUAAUCAAGCAAAGCUUGUUAUAUUAUCAUGGAAUAUUGCAAUGGUGGAACUCUGGAGGAUAAAAUGAAAAAUAAAUUUUGGUCUGAGGCUGAAGUAAUGGACUUCUUAGGUCAAUUUUGCAGUGGCUAUCGAGAACUCUUUAUGUAAAAUAUCAUUCAUAGAGACUUGAAACCAGCGAACAUCAUGAUUCACGAUCGAUUUUAUAAAAUUACUGAUUUCGGUCUGGCUAAAAUAGUGAACACUCUAAUAGAUAAACUCACAAUAUCCUUCAAAGGCACUCCUCUUUAUAUGGCACCCGAGAUGAUUCAAGAAGAGGCAACCGCUGAUCCCAAGAUUGAUAUGUGGAGUCUUGGCAUAAUAUUAUAUAGGAUGCUCUAUAAUAAGUAUCCCUUUUUGAUUCAAAACAAAAAGUACGACAGAGAAACUGCCUUCUCAGACAUCGUCAAUAAUGCCUUGAAUAUUCCUUAGACACCAAAGAGGUCUGAUUUUAUCAUUUAAUUGCUUUAAAGAAUGCUUAAAAAAUAAAGCAAAGAUCGCAUAGGGUGGGAAGAAUUAUUUUAAUUACCACAAAUAAAAAUUCAAUAUCAACCCUAAUUUAAUUAAAACAAUUAAAUGAUAUCUUCAUCAGUAUUUAUUUAAUAGAUGGUCAUUCAAAAAGUCUCCCUCAUCAAAGUACAGCCAUUUAAGAAUAAAAAAGUAAUGUCGUUGGUUUCCUAAAUCUUAACUGAAGAUGAUUUGAAAAAGUAAACUGAAGAAAAAGAUAAGGAAUAAAAGUAAAUCUUGAAUGAAAUGAUGUCCAACCUCAAUCAUAAGUUACAAACUCAAUUAUAAAUCAACUAAAUUGAAGAUAUUUUAUUUUAUUUUCAUGAAUAAAUAUUUUUCUUGGACAAAGUGGCAAUGAGAGUUUACAGAUUAAAUUAAGUUAUUCCAGACAUCGAUUAUAACAUCACAUACAACAUUACUUCAGAAAUUUUAAAUUAGGCUUUAGCAUUAAUCCAGAAAUUGCAAAAACUGUCCCCACUAAGUGCUGUCUAGGCAAAUUUAUAUAAAUCAACUGAAAACUAUCAAAUAUUUUAAUCUUUACUUUAAUAAGAUUAAUUAGGUUUGGAAGAUUUCUAUAAAGAAGUUAAGAAUAAGAUAGUUUCUAAUUUAAAAAACCCAAUCAACUAACUUUUUGAGAUUAUAUCAAACCUACCAACAAUUAAUUCAAUUGUUUAAAUUUAUAUUACCAUCAAAUAUUUAAAAGACAGUUAGAAUUUAAAUGAUUUAAACUUUUCCAUUAUGGAAGACUUUUGGACUUAUUACGAAAAUGUCGAGAAUACCUCAGAAUAGGAUGCUUUAGAGUAUCUUCAAAAAGAACUCAAUUGA